AAAAGUAAAAGCCGCUGGGUUUACAAGCUCAGGAGCAGAUUUAACAGACUCCUCAGUAACUUGCUUGGCUUUUGUACAAACCAGAGGUGGUGCACAAUGAUCUGGUUUAGCUUGUUCAAAUGGGAAAACACUAGGGCCAGUCUCACCCUUUAUGGCUGGCUAGUGCAACACUAAGUCACUGAUUGCAUAUGCAAGUAAACACAAGGUUUCUUUUUCUCAGAAAUUGCAAACUGGGAAACUCUAACUCAUCUUGAGCCGUCUUGGACUCAUCAAACACGAUCUCUGUGGCCGCCUCUACAGGCUUAGCCCACCCUGAAUUGGCCUCUGGAGGCCUGUGCGAUUAUGGACCCAAUCAGUGUUUUACCUUUUUACAGGAGGUGUAGCCUUUGUGUUAUUCAGAGUCUGCACAGGAGAUAGGAAGCAAUUAGGUAACUCAUCUUAUGUCAUGUUUUAUAUCCACUCAGCUUCAGCAAAACCUACCCAAAUACGCAGGAGUUCUGAAGCUGCAGAAAGGAUAUGAAGAAACCUUUAACUCUCCUGGAAGAUAUUACAUAUGUGGAGGAGAUCGAAAGGCGCGAAGAAAAGCCGUAGACGAUUUCAACGCCAUCUUGGGCGACAUGAGCAAGAAAGGUUUGAGUCCAGAGGAAUUACGAGAUAUCGAAGAACGACGUCUGGGUUUGGUUGGAGCGCAUGCUGAUGUGUACAAGAUCCGGGUGCAAACCUCAAACCAAAGAGAAUGUGGUGAAAACAGGUUGGCGGUGGAAGCCGACCACGUCCCACCUAGAUGUGUCUUUCAGAAUGCCCUUAAAACGUUGCAGGACCCUGAGAACGUAAAGUUAAGAGAGGACCUGAAAAACAAAAGCCCCAACCUCUUUGCUCUGUUGGAUAAAAACGGAGACCGCGGGCUGUGCAGAGAGGUUCUGAAGCCGCACCAUGAGGCAGGCCUGACCUGGCGCAACAGAAAAGAGUCUCGUAUAAUCAGCGAGAAGCUUGAGGAGACUCUUAUUUCUGGAGACGGGGAAAAACUGGUGAAGAUGUCGCUGCUGGCAGCCAAUCCAGUCACAUCCAAUUCUCUCAGAGAGGAUGCAGGAAUCCUCCCGCUGAACAUCUCAAAUAUGUCCAGAGACGCAACGAAGCGCUACCACGAUGCUGGAGACAAGCUGCUGGUGGAAGGUUACUACAAGAAAGGAGUCCUGAACAAGGAGGAGAGGCACAGCAUCAUGGGCUGGCUGAAGAGCGGAAACCUGUACUCAAAGAACACGUCAGAGUACAAAGAGAUGUGCCGCGAGCUGAGAGCCAAGAUACAGAAACACAACAACAACAGUGGAAGAUAACAACAGCGCCUGUGAAGGAAGUUUAAAGCCAUCCAUGGCUUAACAUCAUCCAAACAAUCUAGCAACGCCUUCAGAGGACUCACAGAUUUACGUUUCAGUGGCAGGUAAGUCUGUGAGUCGUCUGCAUAACAAUGAGAUGCCAUGUUUUUAAAAAUUGAAUCCAUAGGGAGUAUGUAAAUAGAAAAGAGAACUGGACCAAGAAUGGACCCCUGGGAGACCCCACAGACAGGGAGGCUUUUGAGGAUGAUGCAUCCCCCAAUCCAACAGAAGAACUUUGGUUGGACAGGUCAGAUUUAAACCACGACUCAGCGCUCAAGCCGAGAGAUAAGAAUCCCAUGAUGGUAUCAAAGGCAGCACGGAGGUCUAAUAGUAUGACAAUGGCAGAAUCUCCCAAGUCAGUAAAAGUCAAAAGGUCAUUAGAAACUUUUAAAAGAGUAGUUUUAGUGCUGUGGUGCAUUUUAAAACCAGACUGAAUUACUAGCGCCAUUUUUAUCUAGAAAGGUCUGGAGCUGAAGAAGGACAACUUUCUCACGGACUUUAGAAAGAAAAGGCAAUUUAGAAACUGGUCUGUAGUUGGAUUCAACUGCUGGAUGCAGGAUACGUAAUGUCUGCAGCCUGGGAGCAAAUGUUCAGGAGCAGGAAACCAGAUAUAAGCUUCAGGAAACAUCGUGGGAUUUUAUCCUACAGGGAUGUUUGAUGUGAAGACGGUGGAGGAGGAUGUGACGUAUUCAUACAACUUUAAUUGUAUACAGCUCCACACAAGUUAGCGGGCACUGUUGUAGAAGUGUGAGUGAAUGAAGGUGUUAGAAUAAAUAUAACCCGUGUGGGCAGGUAGAGAAAGGAAAACUAGAGUCAGGACAACAGUAACGGGAAUGUCAGAAGGAAUAACUGAUGAUAAGGUGGCUGUACACACUGAUCCGGUACACAGAGGGAUGGUGUCAGGGUAAGGACUGAUAUUCAGAGCUAGCACAGUGAUCAGCAUCCAGCUUUUAUUAU